UGUGACACGUUCUGUUCCUCCAGCUCAAAAGGUCCUCUGAUUUCUUUCCAGGUCAAAGAUGGAGACGUGGACAGACAGUCAGGGUAAAAAAAUUUACCCAGUGACUCAACAAUCGCAGUCAAAUCGCAUCGCCCUGCUGAUCAAUACUGAAACGUUUACUACAAGUUUAUACAAAUGUAGAGCUGUGAAAGAUGAGAAAGUCAUGCAAAAUCUACUUCAAACUCUUGGAUAUGAGGUAGUGAGAUGUGGGGACAUUACUGCAAAGAUGAUCGAUAAACCUCUGAAAGAAUUUUCUGAACACCCAAAACUGGCCCUCACAGACAGUGUGUUUGUGACUUUGGUGUGUUAUGGAGGCACGGGAACUGAGGAGUUUGAAAUUGACCAAAUCUUUCAGCACUUAAACACAAAGAACUGUCCUGCACUGAAGGACAAACCAAAGAUCAUCAUUAUUCACGCCUGCAGAGGAGUGGGGGAGGAAUCGGCGGAUUUACUUGAUAGAAAACAAUUUGUGCCCACAGAUGACAUCGAAUCUCUGUCAGUGAACUCUGUCAAAGGUCCUCGGGCACAGAAUGAAAAGGAUUUCAUCAUUUUUCAUUCCAGCACCACUUACACAGGUUCAUACAAACAUGAAACAUACGGUUCGGCCUUUAUCCAACAUAUCUUUGAGGCUGUCAGGAAGCACUGCCUUACAGAUGACAUUGAGGAAAUAUUCAGAAUGGUCAUGCAAAGCUUUGAAGAAUUCCCAUCUGAACAGAUGCCAACCAAAGAGAGAGACACUCUGACAAAGCGCUUCUACCUGUUUCAAAGUUAGUGUUACAGAUUUUUGAUGUGACUUUAAAAUUUUGUGUUGUUUUGGGAUGACAGGACACAUGAGACUGCAUGAAAUGUUCAGUAUGGUUUAUUCACAUUAAUGAGCGACUGAUGGAACUAAAAACUGAUGAUGAUGAUGAUGAUGAUGAACAAAACAGAAAAGUAUCCCACAACAUUAAUUUCCCAGUGGACAGCUCUG